CAGUCUCGCACUAUACCUCAUAUAAAUUCAAAAUGGAUAAUUUAUUGAAUCUUGUCAACUACAAAGUUGGACCGUUUUUACUUAUCGUCUUUCUUACCCCUGCUGCUCAAUACUUGGUCCUACUGGGUAACCCUUCGACAAGGUUCGGGUUCGACUCCUUAAUAGGCAAUUCCUUUUCAUGGAAGUUCAUUGGAGUCUUCAUCGUCUGGGCCUUGAUCUGGCUGAAAAUACCUUCAAAAAAGUUUGCGGGCCCAGCACAUGACAAAGGUGGUGUCAUUUUCUAUCAGGCCAAUGGAGAAAUAUACUAUUUCGCAACUGUCACGUCCUUUGUUCUCAUAAAUUGUUUUAACCCUUCAAUCUCCACGCACAUUUAUGAGAACAUGGGACCCAUUCUGGCGACCCUCAACCUGAUCGCGUUAUUAAUCUGCUGUCACCUCAUGUUCCAAGCAAAGGCGUCUCACCAUGCAAACAAGUCCCUUCAAAAUAAUAGUUCCCACCCGUUAAUUUACCAAUUCUAUCAUGGUUUGGAACUGUCACCUCGCAUCUUGGGAGUGGACGUCAAGCAAUUAACAAAUUGUCGGGUUGGAAUGAUGUUGUGGCAAAUUCUCAUUUUGGCAUUCCUAUUUGCAAGGUGGAAUCAUCAACUUCUUGGAUUCUCAAAUGCACAUUUUGACAACGUCUUUCUCCAGUCUUUCUACAUUUACAUGUUCUUCCGGUGGGAAACAGGUUACUUUAAUACGUUGGACUUUACAAUGGACAAAACAGGUUGGAUGUUGGUCUGGGGUUGUUUAGUAUGGAUUCCAUCUCUUUAUACUUUCUCGUCUUAUUUUCUUGUGUUAAAUAUUCCCAAUCUUGGUCUCUUGGUGGAGGGUGGAAUGUUUAUUUUGGGAUUGUCGGCAAUCUGGUGUCACUCGGAGGUAGAUUGCCAAAAAGAGUCUUUUAAGAAUGCCAAUGGCAAGAAAAUAAAGAUUUGGGGCCAACCUGCCAAGACAUUGGAAAUCAAUUAUACGAAUUCUGAAGGAAUUGAGAAGAAAAGUCAGCUCCUAAUAUCGGGUUGGUGGGGGAUCGGAAGGAAAAUGAAUUAUUCAUUCGAUAUCGUAUCCACCUUACUUUGGUGCUUGUAUGCUGGAUUCGGAAAUGGAGUUUGGCCGUAUGCAUGCCUGAUUUUUGUGACAAUUUUAUUAAUUCACCGGGUUUUCAGAGACGAGGAGAGAUGUCGAUCCAAGUAUGAAGAGGGCUGGAAGAAAUACUGUUCGAUUGUGGAGUAUAGAAUGAUUCCUCAUAUCUUUUAAAUUCACUCCGAUUUUCAAUUUUUAAAUAGAAUUCAAUGAUU